AUGGUCCUCGGAGGCGUUGGCAUAGGAUCUUGUUGCCUGUUCGGACGCCUUCUGGGUUGUAGGUUGUCGAGAAUAUUUGGCAUUGAAUCUGCUUUUGACAAUAUUGCCCCUGCUAUUGAGUCGCUCAGCAGAUCUCUAUCGAGUGAAAGUUCAAAGGCUCGGAAAGUCGAAGACCGUCCCAAGCAAUCACUCAGAAUCCCAACCUCGGUUACUUUAACACCAUGGUCACCCAUAGACGACUUUACAGCCCUGCCCCCAUUACCACCUAUCCUGGAUCCGGCCCUGGAUCAAGCAGUGUUCACACACUCUGGGAUGGUUACCAAGCCAGGUGAAAUGAGCUAUGAGAGACUCGAAUGGAUUGGCGAUGCCUACCUCUAUCUUAUGGCCACUGCUUUCAUCUACCAGACUUUCCCCGAGUUGCCGGCAGGGAGGGCCUCUCAGUAUCGCGAGACGCUGAUCAAGAACUUGACAUUGUCAAAAUAUACCGUAGACUAUGGACUAAACAACCGCACUCGAUUCCCAGCUGAGUUCGACUUGCACGGCAGGCUUGGUGGGAAUUCAGCAACUCAAAAGAACAAACGGAAAGUUCUUGGCGACGUAUUCGAAGCCUACGUAGCUGGAGCUAUCUUGGGAGACCCAGAGCAAGGGCUUGCACGCGUCUCGGCUUGGAUGAAAGCUUUGUGGAGCAAGGAGCUGUCCGAAGAAAUCAGAAAGGAAUUUAAUGCUCGUCAGCAGCGGGUCAAGCAGCCGAACGGCCAAGAACCCGGAACCUCUUCACAGGCACCAGUCCAGGAUCUCAACCCCAAGGUGCAUCUGAGUAAGGCUAUCGGUGCCACGGGCGUCAAAAUCUCGUACAGAGAUGAGGGUGAGCCAAAGAAGGAGAAGAAGACAGGCUUGCCUUGGUAUACAGUUGGGGUCUAUCUAGAUGGCUGGGGCGUUACGAAUCUGCCGAUGGGUUUUGGGAGUGCUCUCAGCAAGAAGGAGGCCGGAAGCAAAGCUGCCCAAGCAGCUUUUGACAACAAGAAGAUGAUUAAGGGGUUCGUAAAGAAGAAACAGGAAUUGAUGGCGGCAGUUGAAGCAACGGGAGUAGUGACUUGAUCACGUCACGCUCGUUUAAUCAAGGUCUGGCAGUCAUCCCGCCACUUGGAUUCGACGAAGUAGCCGAGUCAUGACGAUUGGCAGAUGCACCAGCACCAGAUAGAAAAAUGAAGCCGUGGUAGAGAGCACUUGAAGCUGGAACAAUGCGACCCAGAUUGUAUUUGUACAACUACAUUGACAGUGAUCUUUCUUGGCAACAUCGGACACGUGAAGGACGUAAGGUAUUUUCGGUAUCGGAAUGCGCAACAUGAAUUCUGAAGGCGGAACGACUGAAGCUUGGGGUUACUGCAUGGAUUGGCUUCCUUCCCAUGUCUCUGGCCUCUGAGUUGCUUUUUGAGAUAGAAUCUGAGAUAGAAUCUAAAGUCUGUGACGAUUGCAGGGCAGAAUUGACACCUGCUCUUCC